AUGAUUUGCUUUAUAGUUAAAUUAUUAAUUUUUAUAGCCGCUUAUAUAGUACCUAGUGGGAUGGCAUUUCAUGGGAUGAAGAAUAAAAGAUAUGAUAUGGUAGAAUAUUAUUUAAAAUAUAUUUAUUUUUUUAUUAUAUUUGAACAUCUAAUAACACCAACAUUCGGAAGGUUUAUUUCAGGAAUAAAUUGUUUUAUUUGGGGAAUAAUACAUUUAUCACUUUAUGUUGUUUUAAUUAUUCCAAAAUUUAAUUAUUUAAAUAAUAUUUAUGAAAAAGUAGCUAAAAUAAAUGGUGAUAAUAAUAUUAGCUUUUAUUUCAAUAAUUAUGUUAUUUCCCCUUUAAAUAUGAAAGCUAAUGCAAUUAUAAAAAAGUUAAAGACAUUAUAA